AUGGACUCCGUCGACAGCGACGCUUCGACGAUACUGACGGACUACCCAGCAUCGAGUCCCUCGAGGCCGUCCUCCGCCUCGUCCGCUCCCUCUCUAGCAGCAACAUUUGACGACAAACCGAAGCCGCUGCUCUCGGGCGCUGCCACCUCUGUGCACUUUGAGAUCCGUGAUACCCCCACGGCCGGCCGCGCCGUCUUCGCCACCAGGGACAUCGUCGCGAACACCUUGCUAUGGCGCUCAGACGACCUCACCGUGUCCUCCCUCCUGCAGGAGUACAGGCGUGAGGUCUGCGGGCGGUGUUUUGCUUACAACUACGGCAGAGACCUGAGAAUCCAGGACCACACCGUGGGCUUCGCCUUCUGCUCGGACGAAUGCCAGAGGACGUGGCGGCAAGAGAAUGGUGAGGUAGGUGUCCGGGCCUGGGCCGAGGUUAAGAAGCUGGCCAAGAGGAAGAGCAAAGAGGACAGCGAGCUGGUGGAUAUUGACUUGCCGCGACCGACCCCAGAGGAGAUUGCGCAAGCAUGGAAUGCUACCAAGACGCAGGCGGAUCUGAUACUGACGUUCAGAAUGGCGGAGCUGACGGACGACAUCGAAGGCGGACCGCAGAACCUGGCGUUGAACGGCAACGGCAACGGCAAUGGGCCGGUCACAAAACAACACCGCAAAGCCGUCCAGAAGGCGCUCCAACUACCCGUCCACGCAGACAUCAUGGGCUUCUGCGUCAGCGGCAUCAUCGCCCAGUACCAGACCCCGCAGAGGUGGGAGCACGUCCUCUCCCUGGCCGUCGACCCGACGCCCUACUCCAGCGCCGACGACCUGCGCGCCUUCACCCACACCUACCUGCACCUGCUCGCCGUCCUCCCGCCGCCGCUGCUCCCCUUCACGACGCCGCAGUCGCUGCUGACCCUCUCCUCGCGCGACAGCCACAACGCCUUCGGCAUCCGGUCGCUCGAGGACGAGGGGUCCGAGCUCUUCGGUCACGGCUGCUGGCCCGCCGCCAGCUACUUCAACCACUCGUGCGGCCCCAACGUCGACAAGAGGCGCGAGGGCCGGGCGUGGGAGUUCCGCGCGUCGAGGGACGUCGGCAAGGGGGAGCAGCUGUGCAUCACCUACCUGGGCGGGGAGGAGAAGGCGAUGCCGAGGGAGACGAGGAUGUCGACGCUGAGGAGGAAUUGGGGCUUCGAGUGCGGGUGCAAGAGGUGCGAGGAGGGAGCAGCUGUAGCGGGUGUUGUCUGA